AUGUCUGAUAUCAUUGCACCUGAAGGUUGGAAUGAUUUCAAUGACCCUACAAGAGACCAGACUAUAUUUUAUGGAGAGUACAAUUGCUCUGGGCCAGGGGCUAAUAUGAAUAGCAGGGCCCCUUAUGUACAGAGAUUGAAUGAUACACAAGCUUUUCCAUUCCUCAAUACAAGUUUUAUUGAUGGUGAUCUAUGGUUGGAAACUUAG